UGUCGUUCCAUAAACUUGAAUGCAACAUUAUCUUGCAAACUGCAACCCGGGAAUUCAAAUGAGCUCUAAAUAUACACAAUUUAACGUUAACUUGUGUUGAUCUUAAUAAGUAAUUAGUGCACGUAGAAAUUCCUUACAUUAGUAGCUUACUUAAUACACCCACGUAUGUGUGCAAUAUUUGAUUUAAAGUAAGUAUGCAAAGGUUAUGUUCUGGCAGUAACUUUUCCUUGGACAUGAAAGAACAUGGACAGCGACAGUGACUCCACCUGCGACCUGGAUGAGGAGUUUCCUGUGUUUGACUUCCUCCAGCCGGGUCGACACGUAGGCCAAGCCUCCCAGAGCCACAAAGAGAACGCAAACUUGGUUGACCUGGCUAGCUCUGAUGCAGAAGAGGCAGCCGUGUUCUCCCCAGUUAAGGGCAAUGCGGGCGUAUGUUCAGGAACAGCUGAUGUAAUGAUGAUCAGCAGCGAAUCUGAUGAUGAUGCACCUUAUGUCCCUUUGGCACAGAGACUCAAACUGAGACAAGAAAAUGUGAUUAGUACCUCCUCCACUGUCACUAAUGGGAAAGAUGCUGAACACUAUUCGCCAUCCAAUCUGGCCGGCUCACGGCUCUCUUGCCAGAAUGGGUUGUCAGAGUCAGAGCGGCCGCUCAGCUUCCAUCAGGUGAGAACAGUGAGCCCAGAUGAGGCGGCAGCUUUCCCUAAGCGAUGGCUGCCUCCCACCGACACCUACGCCAAGAGGACAGCUGCUAAGAAGACAACGGAGGAGAUCCAGACCUCCAGGGAGGAGGCUCUGAGGAGGAGGCAGGCCAGGGAGGGCCAGCAGAGGGCAAAGGAGGGGCUCAGGCAGGAACAAGAGGGACAGAAAGCAGAGAGGAAAGCUAUUGCAGAGGCUGCCAAGGCCUUGAGGCCGGAAGAGUGUAUCAAGCAUAUGGUGGUGGCUGUGGACCCAGCUCUGUUACAGCUGGAAGGAGGCGGGACUCUGCUAGCGGCCGUGCAGGCUCUGGGUUGUAGCUGCGCCAUAGAGAAACAAGCCCUCCCACGCAGUGUCAGCUGGAUGAGGAAGGCUCCCUGUGCACAGCCAGAGGAUGCAGUGUGUGUAGCAGAGGCCCAUGUUGUGAUGCAGAUGACAGUUGAGGACUUCAUCACUCUGAUCCUCGCCUACAUUCAGGAAGAGAGGCAUGGCAGGUCUGGCUCUGGUCCCACUCUGACGUCCUGGGUGCAGGAGCAGCAGAGGCGUCACCCCGCAAAGAUCCUCGGCCUGGUGGUCAUCGAGCUGGAGAAAUACUUCAGAUCGCAGAAGUCACAAAGCAAGAAGCGCUUUCGAGAGGCGGUCGCCGGUGAGGAGGAGGGAGGAGGAGGAAAAGUGAAGAAGAGAAGAAAGAAUGGUGUAGCCGAGGUGCAACCCGAGGUGUCACGAGUGGAACUGGAGGAGGCAGUGGUGCAUCUCCAGCUUCACACUGGUGUCUCCGUCCGCUUCUUGUCAACCUGGAAGGACUUCUCAGAUCACAUCACCAUGACAACCAAAGCUGUUGCAGAAGCCCCCUUCAAGCGAGAGAGGGAGAAGACGGGCUUCUCCUUCUACCUGGAGAGUGAGUGGGCGGGGGGGCAGCGGGUGGAUAGAGCUGGGAAGGGACUGCUGCAGGUGUGGAGGAGACAGAUCCAACAGUUGAACAGAGUCAGUCCAGACAUGGCCUCAGCCAUCCUGGCAGCGUAUCCCUCCCCACAGCUGCUCAACAAGUCAUACAGUCUGUGCCGGACCGACCGUGAGAGGAUCUCGCUGCUGUCGGAGCUUCUGAUCCGCAGAGGAGAAGGCGUCACCUCCACGACGAGACGCGUCGGCCCGGAGCUCUCCAAACGCCUCUUCCUCCUGAUGAAGUCCUGUGAUCCUCAGCAGACUCUGGACUCCACCGUCUGACCUUUGGAAUGAGAUUUUCUCGUCUUUGGACUGUGGCACUUUGUGUUUACGACAUUGAAUUUUAAACUAUGUAGUUAGAAUUUAGGUUUUAUUACAUUUCUUUUUUUUUCUUAUGUAUAUAUUAACGUUUUAUAAAAAUAGCAUUAAAAAAAUUACAAUCAUUACGUAAUCGUUUCUAAGAAAGGAUAUAUAAUGAUUUAUGGGAAAUUCUCAUAUUUUUCCAGGUGGGUCUUUUUCUCUAAUUGCAGUCAGUCAGAUGGUAAAUGCUAAAAACAUUUAUUUAUAUAUAUAUAAAUUAACUUCAGCGCUCUCUCACACUCGCCAAAAGUGA